AACAGAAAAGUAAGAGGAUGAAAUGCGACAAUUCUGACGCGGACUCAAAAGAUGAUAAGCAAGAGGAACGUCCUGGUCCCUCCAGACAAAUGGCUUCCGGUUCAACUAGAGAUAAUAUUUUUAUUAGCACACCACAUCCGAAAAACAUUCAGAGAUUAUCCAGAGAAUAUCCAGAAAACAUUCAAUCAUCCUCAGCAUCUUCUCUAAACGUCUUCGGGAUACGUGCACUGUUACGGACGCCAGACGAAAGUGUCGGUUCCUCCAGACAAAUGGCUUCCGGUUCAACUGGAGAUAAUAUGCAAGGUGAAAGUGUCGGCCCUUCCAGACAAAUGGAUUCCGAUCCAACUGAACAGCCGGACAAUGUAAGCAAAGAAUCUUCAAAAAAGAAGAAACAGGAAUACGACUUGUUAAGCCGUAAGAGAAUGAAGUGCGAAUUCUUAAAAAAAAAGGAACAGAAGUUGAAGCGUAAGAAAAGGAAGCUCGAAGACUCUGACGCGGACUCGAAAGAUGAUAAGCAAGAGGAACGUCCUGGUCCCUCCAGACAAAUGGCUUCCGGUUCAACUAGAGAUAAUAUUUUUAUUAGCACACCACAUCCGAAAAACAUUCAGAGAUUAUCCAGAGAAUAUCCAGAAAACAUUCAAUCAUCCUCAGCAUCUUCUCUAAACGUCUUCGGGAUACGUGCACUGUUACGGACGCCAGACGAAAGUGUCGGUUCCUCCAGACAAAUGGCUUCCGGUUCAACUGGAGAUAAUAUGCAAGGUGAAAGUGUCGGCCCUUCCAGACAAAUGGAUUCCGAUCCAACUGAACAGCCGGACAAUGUAAGCAAAGAAUCUUCAAAAAAGAAGAAACAGGAAUACGACUUGUUAAGCCGUAAGAGAAUGAAGUGCGAAUUCUUAAAAAAAAGGAACAGAAAUGAUAAGCAAGAGGAACGUCCUGGUCCCUCCAGACAAAUGGCUUCCGGUUCAACUAGAGAUAAUAUUUUUAUUAGCACACCACAUCCGAAAAACAUUCAGAGAUUAUCCAGAGAAUAUCCAGAAAACAUUCAAUCAUCCUCAGCAUCUUCUCUAAACGUCUUCGGGAUACGUGCACUGUUACGGACGCCAGACGAAAGUGUCGGUUCCUCCAGACAAAUGGCUUCCGGUUCAACUGGAGAUAAUAUGCAAGGCGAAAGUGUCGGUCCUUCCAGACAAAUGGAUUCCGAUCCAACUGAACAGCCGGACAAUGUAAGCAAAGAAUCUUCAAAAAAGAAGAAACAGGAAUACGACUUGUUAAGCCGUAAGAGAAUGAAGUGCGAAUUCUUAAAAAAAAAGGAACAGAAGUUGAAGCGUAAGAAAAGGAAGCUCGAAGACUCUGACGCGGACUCGAAAGGUUUGUCUUAG